CAGUACUACCGCUCCAUGCAGACAAUAAGGAGCUUGGAGCUGAAGGCAAGAGAACUCCAUAAACAGAAGAUCAUCCGCGGGCCAUGCCACUUGUACGCUGGCCAGGAAGCAUGUGCAGUGGGGAUUGAGGCAGCAAUUACCAGGACUGAUCGCCUCAUCACUGCGUAUCGUUCCCAUGGCUUCACAUUCACCAGGGGCGGCUCUCUCAAGGAAAUAAUUGCUGAGAUGGCAGGACGCAGAACGGGAAUUUCGAAAGGCAGAGGAGGACCCAUGCACAUGUUCACGAAAAACUUCCAUGGUGGUUACGCCAUUGUUGGAUCUCAGGUGUCCCUCGGUGCUGGACUAGCUCUGGCUUUGAAGUACCGGAACACAGAUGAUCUGAGUGUUUGUGUCUACGGUGAUGGUGCAGCCAACCAGGGGCAGGUUGCUGAGACCAUGAACAUGGCAGCUCUCUGGAAGCUGCCCGUCAUUUUUGCCUGCGAGAAUAACGGGUACGCCAAAGGUACGUCAAUGGGCAGAUGUACUGUAAACACAGACUUCUACAAGAGGGGGGACGUCAUUCCUGGCCUAAGGGUGGAUGGGAUGGACGUCCUUUGUGUUCGGGAGGCAGCCAGGUUUGCUUCUGACCACUGCAGGUCUGGGAAAGGCCCAAUCAUUAUGGAGCUUCAGACCUACCGCUUUUUUGGGCAUGCAAUUGGUGAUACUGAGCACAAAUAUCGCACAGCGGAUGAGGUGGACGAGGUCCGCAAAGAAAGAGACCCCAUUUACCUGCUUGAGGGUCACUUGAUUAGAAACAAUAUAGCCACCAUGGAGGAAUUGAGGGAGAUCAAUGAGAAAAGUGUAAAGGAUGUUGAAGAAGCGGCACAAUUUGCCAUCCAAAGCCCUGAACCCCUAGUGGAGGAGCUAUGUAGCUACAUCUACUGCAACAAUCCACCAUUCAAGAUUCGUGGCAUCAACCCCUGGACAAAGCUGAAGUCUAGUAUGUAGAUGUAAAAAUCAUUCCCUGUAUGUCUAUGGUGCAACAAGACAAAAAAAAGUAUGAUAAUAAAGUGGAUACUAAAUAA